UUAGAUCACCUAGACUUUCGCAGCCCGGUAACAGAAACAGAACUUAACACAUUUAUUGAUUACCAUUUACAACCGACUAAAGAAUUUAACAAUGCGAUACAGUCAACCGUUGGCAAUAUAUGCUUCUUUUUACAGCAACAUAUGAAACCUGAUGAAAUUAUUAAGGGAGGAUCACAGGGAAAGAGGACAGCCGUCAAAGGAAUGUGUGACAUUGAUCUUGUGAUGGUUUUGAAUGAACUGGAAGAUGCAGAAAAUCUCGAAAAUGAACUACCAAGAAUUAGAAAAGACAUUAGAAGCAAAUUGACACGAUAUGGAGGACCAACUCUAAAGGCAAAGGACUCCAAAUCUGGAUUAAAGUUCAAAGUCAACGGAGAUCACGGACCAAUUAAGGUCGACCUCUUGCCCACGUUUGGAUUUACAGAUCUGCAAACUCUUUACUGUGAAAUGAGAUUCGACAAGAGCCACAGUGAUUUUUAUAGAGCGGCAUUAUCUAAGUGGCAGGUGGACUUUGUUAAGAAGUAUCCAGCCAAUGUGAAAAAUUUAAUUCGUCUGAUCAAAUACUGGAAAAAGAAAAUGGUUCGGAAAUCCUGGUAUGGUCAACGAAUCCCAAACUCCUACCUUAUGGAACUGAUUACAAUAUAUUACUGGGAAGAAAACACAAGAUAUAGUGAUGGCACAUUUAACACAUUGAAAGCGUUCCAUGGGAUCAUGGAAGCAUUGAAAGACUACCAAUCUCUAAAUAUUUUCUGGACAGAGAACUAUUCUGCCAAAGACAUACCUUCGCAAAUUCUACGUCAACGACCAUUGGUACUUGACCCAGCUAAUCCAACAAACAACGUGUGCAGCGGAUAUCACUGGGAGGAAAUCAGACAAGAAGCAAAAAACGUCCUUAAAAGCGCUAUGAUGGAAGGAGUUUCUUCGUUUAGUUGGAAAUAAACCCAUAAUUAUUCGCCAUUUUUAUCUUUUUCAUUCAUUCCUGACAGGGGCGUAACUAGUAGGAUAAUAAUGGUGUUAAUAUAUGCAGUUCAGCCCGACGGAUUUCGAUUGUAAGCUAUAUAUUGCACUUACAAAAGAAAUCCACUGAUUACUGGCUCUAGAAAGUAAUUAGUCAAA